AUGUCAAAUUCGGCAGAUUCCGACGAUGAUUAUAUGUCUUCGAAAUACCUUACGGAGUUAUCGUCGUCUUUAACUACGAGACCAAAAACUUACUCGGAGCUCCGUCGUCAAAAGCUCUCAUCCAAAUCUGGUUAUACAAAACCCUUGCGAGAACGGGAGAAGGAAAGUCGAGAACAAGGUCUUUCAAAACGCAUAGAUGAGGAAGACAAUGCAGAAUCCCCAGGGUUAAGACUAUUAAAAAAAAUGGGAUAUGAAAAAGGAAAACCUCUGGGAAAAGAUUCUAGUGGAAUUACAGAGCCAAUAAGCAUCGAAAUGAAAUCGGAUAAAUCUGGUCUAGGAUUGUCUACCGAACUUAAGCAUAAGGCUGAAACGGAACUUGCUAAAAAAGUGAAACGAGCAAAAAUUAGCGAAGAGUCAUUUAUCGAACGUGUGCGCCAAGAGCAUGUUGAAAAAAAGACUAAUGCACGAUUAAAUAAAGCACAGAGAGUAUGUGAAAAUUUAGAUACAAGAAAGGGUAUAAUGGAUAAUGUUUUCUGGUUUAGCAAAGAAGAUGAAGAAAUCGACGAAGAACCUUCGGAAUUUGAAAAACUAUCGUCAGAGGAAAAGUUUGACUGUGUUUUAAAAUAUAUACGAGAAAAGUAUAAUUAUUGUUUUUGGUGUGGAUGUGAAUAUAGUGACGUUAAAGAGCUAGAACAAUUAUGUCCUGGAAUUAAUGAGGAUGAUCAUGAUUGA